AUGUUUGAAAAUGAACAAUCCAAGUUAACACAGUUGAAUAAAAGUUUGAAUAAAAGAAGACAUCCACAUUGCAACAACAGAUCUCCAUCCACUCGAUUUCGUUGGAGGCAGAGCUACGUAGCGACACGUGGCAACAUCUGGGCACUGGACAAGAUCUACGUUGGAGACGAUUGUCACUGGAUGUGCUCAGGGCAUGGAACAUGUGAUGGAGACAAGUGCAUAUGCGACGCAGGCUAUGAGGAGCCGUACUGCACAGUGGUCAGGCAACUGCCCACAAGGUUGCGGGAUAGUUUCCAGCGAAACAACAUCAACUCGGGCAAGUAUAUCAACAUGCAUUUGCGUGAAAACUUAACCCUUCCCAACAAAGUGGACAGUUCCUACACGUUGGUACUUGGAGGAGAGGUGACCGAUGUUUGCGGCGUCGUCGUUCACGAUAAGGCUCUUGUGUUUUUCAAAGCAAGUUUAAUCCAAUUUUACAACUGUAAAGAUUCCAUUCGACUUCUCAUGACGUAUGAUCUCGAUCUUUCAACGGCAACGCACGUGGAGUUUUCUUUGAUGUUCGAUUGUCACCGUCUGCCUCAGCAAUCAUAUUCUUAUUCCUUCGCUGAUCCCCGUCCAGAAGAACAUCAGAUAAUUGUUCAGUUCUCAACAAAUGGUGGCAUACACUGGAACCAUCUGCAUCUCAUCAAAUAUAACGACGCGUCGUUUCAAGAGUCUCUUACAAGAUUUUUCAGUCUGUCGUUGCCUUUGGAGGCAAGAUUCAGCUCAACAUCCAUUCGAUUUUGGCAAUCGAUCAAUGCAGCUAGUUCAGGCUGGAUGAGAGGAGCGUGGAUGAUCGACGACCUUUUCAUCGGAGGACCAACUCAAAGCACCCUCCCCUCCCUUCCCUCCCUCCCACUCCACUCCUCUGAUGGCUUUCUGCCGGAGAAAGUUUUCCAUGAAAUGUUCGAAAAUAAAUCAAGUUUUGAUGAUGAUGCAGAAGAGUUUGACAGUCCUAGUGAUGAUCUUUUUCUAUUUUGGCCGUCAGGAAGAAUUGCAAAGUACUGUUCUCAUAAAAUGAAUCCAGGUCUGUCAACGUCUGGCUCGUCGGCAUUAGUCUUUCAAGAAAAGUUUUCUAAAUCAAGUUUGGAGCGUCGAAGUAAAAUUCCGUCAAAAACUGCUGAAUUUUCACAAACUUCAGAGCUGAUGGGUAGUAGGUACCUGAUGACCAAUGACAUCUUCGUUAAUGACAUGACGGUUAUUCAGUUUGAAAUAAACGUGGGUUGUGAUGGCGAUCCAAUUUCGUGGCCAGCAGAUCAACCUGUGCGGCUUGAAUACUCGUUAGACAGAGGCAGGACAUGGAACCUUCUGAUCGCCGAAUGUUCAUCAAACCAUCAGCCGUUGUGUGAACGCGAUUACAUGAUCCAUCCAUCCAUCUACUCCUCUGCCGUGUAUUCAUACUGGACUCAGGUUGUUAUCCCGCUGAAAAACUUAAAAAUUUACGGCUUUGUCAGAUUCAGAUGGUCUCAGGAUACUUCACAAAAAAAUUCAGAUAGUGAACCCACCCAAGAAGAUAACAUUAUAAACGAAGAUGCCAUUAAAUCAAACAUAGAUGUUGCCAGCUACGAAUACAUAGAUGACGAUUUCGUAAUUACAAACCGUCAUAAAACUGUUAGGGAGAAACGUUACAUUUACGAACCUGACGGCAUGAGGAAAAAGAAGAACAUAGUCAACUCUCAACACAAGCCAUUUCCAAAUUAUAAAAAUAUCAGAAUCUCUAAUAAUAAAACUCCUAUGAAUGUAACUUCACCGGUUUUGUCAUCGUCAUCAUCGUCUGCAAGAUCGUGGGCGAUUGAUAACAUCUACAUAGGAACCCAGUGUGUGGCUCAUUGCCAGGGCAGAGGCACUUGCUACGAGGCCUCCGUUUGUGACUGCUUCCACGGGUAUGAAGGUACUUCAUGCGAGAAUCCUACCAGCAAGUUGAAACACAAAAAUUAUUUAAGAGAGGAUUUUGACAAUUCGAAAAGAAAUUUCAGAAAGAAAUUUUCAGUGAUUAGUGGUGCUUCGGUGUCAGACAAAUGUAGUAGGGUACUUCAUGGCACCUCACUGAAUUUCCAUCAACCCACGGAAAGGAUUCUGACCACCAAUCCACUGAAUCUCACCCAUGCAAAUGUGAUUUCCUUUUAUUUAAAAUUUGACUGCCAAUCAACAAACAACAUCAAAUCAACAAUCAACAUCAAGAACUUAAAUUCAAACAAAGUUUACGAAGCAAUUUAUUUGCAAUAUUCGCUGAACAACGGCUUGGAAUGGAACCUGAUAGAAAGAUUUGAUCCGAUAUACAUAGGAGGCAAUGACGUAGACAACAUAGUCAUGCAAGAUGAUGCAUUCAUCGCUGCUCCUCUUCACAGGAUCAGUGGCCAAGAUGUUAUCAAACAAUGGAACGCUCCAAUUGGUCCAAAACAUUUAAACGAAGAUUAUUUUCAGCUGAAUUAUGACUUCCCAAGUCAUGUUGAUGAUGAAUAUCGUACUGCGACAUCAGUCAAUUCCGAAUACUCAAAUGCAGAAAAAUUUUCAAACAGCGAUGGAAAGGCAGAUGCUGAGGCGAAGGAUGACGACGACGACGACGACGACGACGAUGCAGAAAACAUUUACGAUGUAGAAAUUGGGGGUGUCAUAUCUGGAGCGGUGACGAAUGAUAUGAUGAUAACUGCCUCGACGUUCAUCCACUUCAACAUGACGAUGGACUGUUUGGGAGAAAAUGACUGUUUCGGUGAGAUUUCAGGGCAGUUAUUUUUUUUAAAGUUGAAAGCCGUGAGACUUGAAUAUUCAACGGACUUUGGUAAGACGUGGAGAUUGGUGAAGGAGCCAUGCAGUGAAGCAGAUGUCCUGACGUGUUCCAAUGAAGUUCAACCAACAAUAUUUUACUCUGAAUUCAUGUCCACAUGGAAGAGAAUAUCACUCAUUUUGCCUGAUAGUAUGAGAUUUGCAAACGCAAGAUUCAGGUGGGUUCAAACAAAUAGAGUUGGCAAGGAGACUGAUUUUUUGAAAGAUUCAGGUGCUUGGGCACUGUCGCAUGUGUACAUCGGUGACGAAUGUGAAAGUUUCUGUGCUGGGCAUGGUUUUUGCUGGAAUGCCUCGUGUCGAUGUGACGAAGGCUGGUCUGGUUCGUCGUGCAACUUACCCACCAGACAGCUUAAAAGCAAAUUUGUAGAAAAAUUCAACAACUACCAUCCAUUUCAAUACAAUGUAAAGCAUCUCCACUCAAAAAGUGAUACAAACAGCACAACGUCAAAUUCAACAACUCGAGAUGAACAUUCAGAUGGAAACACUGUCACAUUUGUAGGAGGAGUCAUCAGAACCAAAUGCUCCACCACAAAAUCUUUUCAUGUGCUUCACAUGAACGGGAACUGCACGAGAAGUGUGAGGACGGUAGACUUGAACUUGACGUCUGCCAGCGUACUGCAGUUUCAUUUUGCAUUCGGAUGUUUCCAGAAAAAAUUGAACAAUCGUAACAAUGGAUUUGAUCCUCUGGAUAAGAAACAACGACCAAAACAUUUGCGAGACCAUCGGCAGCAUGGAAGACAUCAAUCGCAUCAACAAGCACGACCUGUCCAUGUUGAAUAUUCAUUGAAUGGAGCUUCCACGUGGAAUCAUCUGCUGACCUUGCAGAAGUCACUCCAUCCACAUGAGAAAUUGAUAUCCAUCCAACUUCCAGACGAUUGCAAGAAGGUCGGAGUGCAAUUCACCUGGUGGCAGGAGAUGACGGAAACAAGGAGUUAUGGAAGUACAAAUGAUGAUAAUGAUGUUCACGCAAAUAAUGAUGAUGAUGAUGAUGAUGAUGGCAGUAGUGGUGAUGAUGAUGAUUACUGGCGUCCUACUUGGGUGCUUGAUGAUAUUGUACUACUGAGUGCUGUUGAACCGACGUUUGAUUUGUACAAUGACGUCAUGUCCGACCACCACAAUCUCUGGAACUAUGAUCGGGAAGAAAGAAAAAUAGUAAGUGAAGAUGAGGAAGAGAAGGAGGAUGAAGACCAACGUGGAAACAUUCCACAGUGGGUUUCAAACAUGGCGUCCAUGAAGUUUGGGCAAUUUUGUGGGCUAACUAAUUCUUUUGUUAGCACACUUAGCUUCGAGGAUGAAUCGUACGUUAUGAGUGUGGAUUUGAACAUGGCCACUGUUGACGACUACGUGCUUCAAAUGAGGAUUGCCGUUGGCUGCCACAACAAUGAAAAUGAUGAUGACGUUGAUGGGGAUGAGCUGCCUGAGGAUGUUUUUGCUGUUCGCCUGGAAUAUUCUACCGACUACGGAAAAACGUGGAAUCUUGUAAAGGAGACCUGCAGACAAAAUGAACUGGAAUGUUCUAAAGCGGAACAGCCUUCAUCAUAUUAUCCAAGCAGCAGUUGGAUCAGUGUUGCAAUACCAUUGGAAAACAAACUUCUCACUAAUUUCACAAGAUUUCGUUGGAAGCAAGUUUCCCUGUCCAAUUACAACUUGAACAUGAAGUGGGCCGUAAGCGACAUUUACAUAGGUCCAUCUUGCGUCAAUUACUGCAGUGGUCAGGGUGUCUGCCUCAACAGGACAUUCUGCAGAUGCUACCCCGGCCACCAUGGUGACCACUGUCAGCAUCGCCAGACCAGGAGUAGGCUGAAGAAAGAUUUAAAAGAUGAUUUUGAGAUAUUCCUUCCACAAAAUGGCUACGUCGCUGAUGUAGAUGACGCAGACAGUGCACUCAACUCAACAGAACAUCUCAAACACUGGUCACUCAUUCAAGGCUCCACUAAUAAACCCUCGUGCCUCAAACUACUUCACAAUGCUCAUGCCAACAGAUUUCUUGAUUUCUCAUCAGCCGGUCUGAGGCAAGCGGUCACGAGAACUUUUGAUGGUCGAACAAUCGGGUAUAUAACAUUUCAUCUGUUAGCUAACAAAAAUCGUUUUGAGAAGCUUAACGAUGCAGAAUAUGAUGGUGAACAUGGUUUUUCAGCAAGGGAGAAACACGGAGGGUGGUCAUUAGAAGAGAAAUCCAAGAAGUUGGGAUUUGAAAAAGGUAUGAACGAGAACUGCCAACCACUAACAAACAUCAUUCGAGCCAACAUCAUUCUGGAUUACUCAACUGACGGAGGCGUCAGUUGGAAAUUGAUCAAAUCCAUCAGUCCUCUGAAAGUUUCACCUUCAUUAUCGCACUACCACCAGUACCACUACGUUCAGUUACCCCUUCUAAAAGCUUCCACAUUACCGACCAGCAGAAAUUAUUUUCCAGUAAUGUUUCGUUGGUGGCAACAUCCAUCCACCUCUCGCAUUUUCAACUGGGGACUCGAUAAUGUUUUGAUAAGAAGGACGGUGGCUAAUCCGAGUUAUUUGGAAGAAACAUUCGGGGGCGAUGACCACCAUCAUGACGAGCAACCAACCAAAUGGGAAACAGACAACUGGGACUUCUUAGGCAGAGGUCAGAGGUUAAUGAACAUUUGUGGGUCACGUGGUUAUUCUAUGGCCUGGAAGAAGAUUGACAGUGAAGACAACAAUUCUCAAGAGCACAACAAAAAAUUGAUGAAGAUGUGUGCUGGAGGAGGUGGUAUCAACCUUGGUUCAAGGCAAAUUCAUGGAUCCUCAAUAGUGACGAGGCCUCUUGUCAUCCAAGAUGGACAUAUUUUGCAGUUCAAGGUUAAUUUUAGUCGUAAUGUUAUUUUCCAACAGAUAAUGUUACGCUGUGCAAGAUGUGUUGAGUGUUUCAAAGCAAGUGGCUUAACAAUCGCACUGGAAUACAACAUCGAUCCUGAAAAAGAUGACUGGCAACUUGUGAACGGGGGUUGCGAUCACAACAACAACAUCAACAACAAUAACAUCAACAACAAUAACAUCAACAACAACAACAUCAACAACAAAUACCACAUCAGCGACAACUCAAUUCAUAUUAACAGUAAAGCCAACCAUAAUAUUAUCAAAUCAAAGCAAAAAAACAUACUUCCAAGUAGCAAACUAAAAACUGGAAACGACAAUAAUACUAAUGGUCAUGUAAAGAAUCUUGAUAGCGAUGAUUUCAGCGAGCCAGCUGAAGAUGCUCCAACCACUAACAACAUGCAAACAAAAUGUUCCAAAACGUCAUCAAAUUUCAUUCCGUCAUCGCUGUACAGUGAGUGCGACUUUAAGACCUGGACCAGAGUGUACAUUAGGUUGCCCAGACCAACGUUUUCGGGAAACACAAGAUUCAGAUGGAGGGUAUGGAGGAAUGUAAGUGAUGCAACGAGCAAAAACGAAUAUUCAGACAAAAUCACGAAGAACGCUAACAAGCCAACCAGCAACAUUGAAAAUGUUACUAACGAUGAUGAACCUUAUGAAGGAAGUGUUAGUAAAGUUUUUGACGCCAACAGAAAACAGGACUGUUCUAUCGGCUCACUAAAACAAUUUAAAGAACUCAUCUCCAAAGUAAACAACUUCUCGAACUUUCAUAAGCGAACUCCAAGGUAUGCUCGGGUUGACAGCAAAGUUUAUGACGCUACGAAAGAUGGUUUGUUGUGGGCACUGGAUGAGGUGUACGUGUCGGAGGGGUGCGAGCAUCUGUGCCAUGGAAGGGGGGUGUGUAGGAGGGGCGAGUGUCUUUGUGACGAAGGAUAUAGUGGAACCCACUGUGGAAAAGUAACAAAAGAGUUGUUGCAAAGUUUUUCCACUAAUUUUGAUGCAAACCUCAGUGAUCUACAUCUGGGGUGGUCCAAAAUUGAUGGUGGAAGCAUUGGUGAUGGUUGUGGCGUGUUGGGUUCAGGCAGGAGUUUGUAUUUCAAUGGAUGCUGCUUAAGACAAGCCGUUACUGCCGAAUUGGACCUGGGCAGGAACAGCAGCCGAAUAUCGUUCAUCGUGGCGAUCGGUAGAACUGACCUGCCAUGGAGUUGUAACUUCGACAUACACGAUAAAUGUUCAGUUGACAUUUUACUGCAAUACACACUUGAUAAGGGAAUUACGUGGCAAACAGUAGCUGAAAUAAGAAGUCGAAGAGCAGCUGAAAAGUUGAUAUUCGACGUGCCGGUAGGAGCCAGAAGACCAGGGGCACAGUUUCGGUGGUGGCAGCCAUCCCACAAAGGUCGAGGUAGGGAUCAGUGGGCCAUCGACGACGUUGUUGUUUCCAGUGAUUCCUUCAAACUUUCAGAAGCAAACAAUUCGAAAAGAAGACGAAUAUUUGGGCAUGGAUAGGCAAAAUCUUUUAUAUUAAUUUUAUGUUAAUGUUGAUCAGAUGCAACAGAAUAUAUGGAAACAUAAUUAAAUGAAGAAUAAAUAAAUGCCUAUUUAUACUAUGAAUAUUCUUCAAUUUAUAUAUAAAUUUAUAUCAACCGUACGUUCAUCCAAGAGUUUGUGAGAUGUUACACAAGUAAGUUAUUUCAAAAAUAUAAUUAAAAUUAUUUGUUCAAAUUAAUUAAAUUUGUGAGAAGUAAUUGGACCAACAUGAAUAAGUUGAAAUUAGUUGUUUAUUACAAUACAAGUUGCUUACUUGAUGAGCAAAAAAUCAUUAAUCCAAACAAAAAAAUAUUUUCUACGUAUAAAAUGGUUGAUCAAUACUGAUAAAUAGUUGAACCUUUUUAUAUUCACAUUCUGAAUGAACGCAACGCAGAAUAAAUAAAAUUAUACAUGAUUUGGCAGUUCUA